UAAUUUGAGCUUGCUUGUACCCCUACGUGUUAUGGUGGCUUUAUGCCUCGAUGAAGAGGAAGUCCCCAACUAUCAUGAGGAUGACCAGUAUGAAGCACAAAAACUUGUCGAUGAAAUGGACGAUGACACUUUGAUCAGUGAUAUUCUAGAUAACCGACCUCACUCCAGUGAAACGAUAGAAAAUGUUAUUAUAGUAGAUAACAUUCCUGUGACGGAUUCCUCGAAACUGGUGAAACUCACGAAUGUCCUUCUGAAGAUCUUUAGUAAAUGUGGCAAAGUGGAAACUCAUCACAUACCCCUGGAUGAGAACUCGAAAACUAAAGGGUUUAUGUUUAUCGUGUACAGAAAUGGCCAGGAAGCAACGAAUGCUAUCUCGUCUUGUAACGGUUACAAACUGGACAAAAACCAUUGCUUUGCCGUCAACAGACUCUCCGACUUUGAACACUGCAUGAGUAUUCCUGACAAGUGGGAAGAUCCAAAACCAGAACCAUACAAACCACAAGCUAACCUGAAAUCCUGGAUGACUGAUGCCGAGUGUUUUGAUCAGUUUGCCAUUGUUCAUGGCAAGAACAGGAACACUGCUGUACACAGUUGUGGGCCCAGCCAGUCCUUCACUGUUCAACAGCGAGAGGGUUGGACCGAAUCACACGUGAAGUUUUCUCCAAAAGGAUCGUAUCUUGCAACAUGUCACAAACAAGGUAUUGCCUUGUGGGGAGGUCCAGAGUUCAGCAAAGUUGGACGAUUCAACCACCCAAAUGUUACAUACUUCCAAUUCUCUCCAUGUGAAAGGUAUUUUGUGACGUACAGUAAGACCUCACUGUCUCCUGAGGAUCCGCAGAACCUUAUCAUCUGGGAGACGAGAUCCUGUCUUAACAAACGAGCUUUCUCUCUUCCCGUUCUGAACUACUGGCCCUAUUUCAAGUGGAGUCACGAUGGACAGUACUUUGCUACCAUCACGGGGGAUAAUCUGUCGAUCUAUUCAACACCCUCAAUGAAACUGUUGGAUAACAAGAAGAUAUCUGUACAAAAUAUCAGAGAUUUCAGCUGGUGCCCAUGUGAGAACUGGAUAGCCUACUGGCAGAGUGAGAAUAAAAACAUUCCUGCUCGGGUCACCAUCAUGGAUGUGCCCAGCUGCGAGCCUUUGUCGGCCAAGAAUCUCUUCAACGUCAGCAACAUCGAAAUAUUCUGGCAAAAUUCAGGAAAUUAUUUGGCUGUGAAAGUGGACAGAACGAUUAAAAACAAAAAGGAAGGAACGGAAAAUGUGUUUGAAAUAUUCAGACUUCGUGAAAAGGAUAUUCCAGUCGAGAACUUCGAAAUCAAAAGUAAAGUGAUGUCUUUGUCGUGGGAUCCAAAAGGGCCCCGUUUUGCUGUAAUUCAAGGAGAACAAGGUCGAACAGAUGUGUCCUUCUUUAAAAUCGGAGAGAAGAUCCUUCCAAUCGGCAAAACUCUCCAAAACAAGAAAUGUAAUUGCAUCAAGUGGAGUCCUCUAGGACAAUAUUGUGUGUUAGCCGGUCUAAACAACAUUUCGUUUGACGGAGUUCUAGAAUUCUGGGAUAUCGGUGGAGACGCACCUACUCUCAUGAACGAAGCUAGUCACUUUAUGGUAACGAACAUUACAUGGGACCCAACUGGGCGGUACGUGUGCAGUUCCAACACUUACGGUGGACACUCCGUUGAGAAUGGGUACAACAUGUGGAACUUCCAGGGUUCUAAAGUAUUCGAGGCCAGUUUGGAAGGUUUUAUUCAGUUCCAGUGGCGACCGAGACCACCUUCUCUUCUCAAAGAAAUCCACACCAAAGAAAUCAAGAAGAACAUGAAAUCCUAUACUCGAGACUUCGAGAUCAAGGAUAAAUUGUCACAAUCGAAGGCUUCUAAGGAACUGAUCGAGAAGAGGAGAGCAGUGUAUGACGAGUUCAUGACCUACAGACGAAAGAAGGAGAAGGAUUUAGAGGUCCUUAAACUGCAAUACAGCGAACUACGCACAGAAGUUGUCGAUGAGGAAUAUGUUGAAGAGACUGUUGAAUUCUUUAUGAAAGAAGAAGUUGAACCAGCCUCGAAAGAGUAGUUCCCAAGCCGCGCCACAACUCUCGCUCCCCCCGAACUGAUGUGCGUUCGGGGUCAGCAGUCGCCAGGACAACCUCCCGCGUUGUCUGGCCACGUGACGUCCUCACGUCACACGUGUUGUCACGUGCUACUCUUAACUGGUUUUCAUCCUUGCUCGGUGUCAAACGGGACUGGCAAGCUCAACAUUAAUAUUAUUUACAGUAAGUGUCACAAAUGCAAGGUUGAGACGGGCUUAGCUGUAGUUUUAAUUUAUGAUUUACGGGGUAAACUUUUGAAUUUUCGUUUAUGGAAAGUUAUCUUAGCACUUUGUGCAAGUUUCGGUUUAUUUCUUAAUGAAAUGCUGGGUGUAUGGUUUCAGAAUUGUGCAACAAUUAACUAUUCCCAAUUUAGUAAUAGCGUAACAAGCGUAAUACAGAAAAUAAUUUGCUACAAAACCUAAACGUAGUUUAACAUUGUUUUAAUUUAAGUAUCGUUUUAAUAUGGAUUUAAAUCUGAUUUUUGUAAGUACAUAAUUACACAAUGAAGUAGAAGGUUUUUAUUUUAAUCAGAUUAAUAUGAUUUUUCUGAUUUUCGCCCUUCACAACGGGAGUUUUACCUUAGAUGUCUAGAUGGGAUCUCUUUUACUUAGUUCCAGAAUAUUUAAUAGCAUCGAUGAUUUUAUAGCUCUGGUUUCGUAACAAUUUAUUUUCUGUACUACUUUUGCUACGUUAUCAAAAGAUUGGGCGGACGUUUUUCUACACAUUUCUGGAUCUUUUGACAUGCUCAAUGGAUGCUUUAGUAACGAAACAUUUGACGGUUAUAUCUCUCAA